AUGUCGCCGCCGCCGCCACCGACGCUGCUGUUGCCGCUGCUGCUGCUGCCGCUGCUGCUACUGCUCUCGGUAGUUGCCGACGCUGAUACCGACGGCUGCCCGAACGAGAGCUGGAUGCCCUUCGGCGGCCGGUGCUACCUGCCGCUGCUGGUGCCGCCGUUUCAGACGAUGAGCUGGAGUGACGCGGCCAAGGCCUGCAGGACGAUUCAGCCCGGUUCGCAUCUGCCCAGUAUCCACAAUGAUGCCGAGAACGGCGCCAUCGAAAUCAUGCAGGGCCAGACGACCUCCUGGCUGGGGCUGACCAACUUCACCGGCAAUGGUUGGGCCUGGAUGGACGGCACAGAAGUGGACUACGUGAACUGGGGCGAAGACCAGCCGGACGACGCCUACGGCGCCGAGUACUGCACCUACAUCACCCUGGACGGCACCUGGGGUGACUUUGUGUGCGAGGAAUACGGCAGCCUCGCCAUCUGCGUCGUCCCGGCGGCCUGAUGCGCGACGACCGGCCAGGUG